AUGCUGGCUGAAGCGACCGCCCAGGGUGUUCGUUAUGUGGCUCGGUGUCAUCGCUCUGAAACUGUCCAAGUUUCCGGAUCCGACGAUGACAUCCAGCAUAGUGUUCGAUGGGGACUGGACGUAAUAACAGCUACUAAUCACCGUCUAAACCGUCGAAUACGGAAGAGGAGCAACAUAUCUAAUGCCCGGAGGGAACGCAGCAGCGCCGCCCGCGCCACCAGCCUCAAGCGAUUAUCCAGUCCGGCUAGCAGUUCUGAUCUCCUUCCUCCCGCCAAACGGCCUUAUUCAGCGCCUCCGACGAGAGCUGCUCACGCCCUUACAAACCAUGGCACAUCGACGUGUUCUUUGCUUGGCGCCUUUAAGUACUGUAUCGAGGGAUACGAAUCCUUAUACGAGGCAGGCUUCCUCGAUAGAGACAUCUCGAUUCAGAGUCUCAUAAUUAACGAGGAUGAGAACAAUCCAGAGUCACGAAAUAAUAUUGCCUCGGGGGCCAAGGGGAAAAUAUUAGGCACAAGGGCCUUCAUGGCGAUCGACGCGCUUUUAGGCGAGCGACACUCGUUCACGCAUGAUCUGGAUACAGCAGGGGCCGUUCCCGAGUUCGACAACGACGAACGUGAUUUUCUCAGGGACGCCGAGGCAUAUUCCACUCCCUACCAUCAACCGCUGAUUCCGUGCGUCAGCAAGCUGCGGGGAGUUGUGUUCCGGAAUGGGAGGUGGGCGAGAGAGGAUCAGGGGUUGUACACCCGGAUGAGAAAAGACGCCGGAGGAGGCCGAAGAAGAUUUGAGGGCAUGGUAAGUAGGUAG